UUUUAGUUAUUCUUCCGACGUUUGCAACCCUUCUAUGAGACUUUUAAGAUACGUUCAUGAUAUGCGAUAUGUCGAAGGCCAAACUAGAAACAGACCAAACUGGCAAAACUGGAAGCCGAGAAGGGGACAUCACGUCACAUCUUUGUCCUUGACCGGGUACAUCUAUGCUGAUGCGGAUUACCUGCUAUAUCUCGACACCGUUUCUCAAUUUAAAAACACCCUGGAAGAACUAAGUGUCAACGUGGUCAUGGAUAUUUCCAAGAAUGAUGGCCCCGAGCACCAAUAUUCGCAGCGGAGCGAGCUAUUUUUCCCCGUCUUGAAGAAGUUUUCCCUACGCCUGGGCAAUCAUUGGGGCCGAAUACCAGCCACGGUGACGACGAACUGGAUGAAAACUUGGGCCGACGCGGUUACCCGGGUGACCACAAUCUUUACUGACGGCCGUGUUUCCCUUGGGUCAAGAUUUGUCGAAGAAAUGCAAAAAACGGGAACUUUGCGGUAUCAAAAUUUGAUGGAAAUCUCUCUAACUUGCGAGCCAGAGGAUGCCAUAAAUUUUCUCAGAGAGUUAAACCAGCCAUUGAAGACUUUUUUGGCUUGUGAAAUCGCGUGUUACACAUCGUCGCACUAAUUCUAA